CACACCAGAGCGUCAAACCAGCCGCCGGACAUCACACACCGAAAUUGGUUUUUUUUUUUAGACAGAUUUUCUUCGGUUUUAAUGAAAUGCUGCGGGAAACAUGACCGGAAUUCUGCUCUAGGACCCAGCUGACACUCGGACACAUCCGCGGCGUUAUCAGUAGAAAUCCCCUGACCGCGGGGUAGACACGGAGCCGGGCUAGUCUAUAAACACUCUCCCCACUGGGGUACCGUAGCGCGCCAUCAUUUCCGGGCUCGUGCCAGCCGGUAGAGUGGAGCGGGACGCGGGCUCGCAGGCUGCGGGAAGCGGAGCUGGCUCGGUGUCGGUGUCCAUACCUGGACUAGCGCGACUGAAAGACAGCAUGACGGCGGGGAAAGGCGGCGUGAAAGCGUCGCUGUGGCAGAACGAGAGAGUGCGCUUCAUCGUCUGCUUCCUGGGAGUGUUCGUGUGUUACUUUUACUACGGAAUCCUCCAGGAAACCAUAACACGAGGAGACUACAGCCAGGGGGAGAAAAAGGAAAAGUUUCGCUAUGCCACUACACUUGUCUUCAUCCAGUGUAUCAUCAAUGCUCUUUUUGCCCGAAUCUUGAUCCAAUUUUUCGAGGGCUCCAGGCCGGACCACACGCGGAGCUGGCUCUAUGCAGCAUGUGCUCUGUCUUAUCUGGGAGCCAUGGUGUCCAGUAACUCUGCUCUGCAGUACGUCAACUACCCCACCCAGGUUUUGGGGAAAUCAUGUAAACCUAUCCCAGUCAUGAUCCUCGGGGUGACCAUUCUGAGGAAGAAGUACCCCAUGGCCAAGUACCUGUGUGUGCUUCUGAUUGUUACUGGCGUGGCGCUUUUCCUCUACAAACCCAACAAAGGCUCCACGUCUGCUGAUGAACAUUUGUUUGGCUUUGGGGAGUUGCUGCUGUUACUCUCCCUGACUCUGGAUGGUCUGACUGGUGUAGCUCAGGAUCACAUGAGGGGGCGUUUCCAGACCGGAGCCAAUCACAUGAUGCUGAACGUGAAUCUGUGGUCGACACUGAUGUUGGGUUUGGCUGUGUUGUGGACAGGAGAGGUGUGGGAGUUUGUAAGCUUUGCUGAACGCUACCCCAGCAUCAUCUACAACAUUUUGCUCUUUGGCUUCACCAGCGCUCUGGGACAGACCUUCAUCUUUAUGACCGUUGUAUAUUUUGGGCCCCUCACCUGCUCCAUUGUCACAACGACAAGGAAGUUCUUCACCAUCCUCGGCUCUGUGCUGUUGUUUGGGAACAUCAUCACCCCCUUGCAGUGGCUUGGGACCAUCCUUGUUUUCCUAGGUCUCGGCUUGGACGCCAAGUUUGGCAAAGUGCCCAAAAAGACAACACACUAAAGCACGAAGGGGGACGUGUGUGAAGCGUGUACUGUACUCACGGACAGAAAACUUGAAGAAACAUCCGUUUCUGUUGGUGCACUACAUCCGUGGCUAAUCUGGAAAAAACAAAAUGUACUUAUUUUUAUGCUUUUUUUUUUUUUUUUCCACCCAUGAAUCACUGAAACAGUGGUCAUUAUCUUAACUUAAAAAAAAAAAAAAGGACUGGUUAGUAAUAGAUAGUAAUUUUGUUAGGUUUUCUUUUUUCCCUUGUCAAAAUACCACACUUCCUGGGCCAGAGGACAUUGAGCAUGAUGUAGACACUCAUGGCAUGCAUGUCCACCAGCUCAGACUGACCGGUUCCUCACAGACAGCUCCAUUUGUUAGCCAGUUUUACUCUGAUUCCUGCCAGAUGACUCUUUUUGUGGUUUUUAAUGUAUAAUGCACAUUCAUGAGUAUGUGUAAUAAUUAUAAAUGUGUUUCGGUCCGCCACUCCAUCUGAGAUAUACAUCUGUAAUGUUCACCCCGUCCACUGCAUCUCUAAGCCAUAUCAGAUUUAAUCUGAUGUACAAGGUCAAUUCUUUAAUGUUAAACAUGAUUUUUUUUCCUCUUACAUUUGUGUUCCUGUCAAGUGUCUUGUUUACUGUGUGGGGGGAAAGGAUCAUUGUUUCUUCCACACAUUUCAGAGAAAUAAUGGAAUAAUUAGGAUUGGAAAAUAAUUAGGUUUUAGUGUGCGUGUUUUUUGACCAGUUGGAAC